AAUACAUCACUACUUGGUGUCUUAUUUAAUCACCUUCACCUUCACCUUCAACAUCAAACACAUCUCUAAACUUGUUUCUUUGUAAUUAAAUCAAUGGCAGCUAUCAAAGUUUUCGGACACCCUGCCUCCGCUCCCACCAUGAGAGUCGUCCUCGCCCUUCACGAGAAAAACCUCGACUUUGAGUUCGUUCAUGUCGACCUCAUGGGAGGUGAACACAAGAAAGAGGCUUUCCUAGCCCGCAACCCUUUUGGUCAAGUUCCGGCCUUUGAAGAUGGAGACCUCAAGCUUUUUGAAUCAAGAGCUAUUACUCAAUACAUAGCUCACCGAUACGAAGGCCAAGGAACCAACCUUCUCCCGGCAGACUCCAAGAACAUAGCUCACUACGCAAUCAUGGCCAUUGGAAUGCAAGUAGAAGCUCACCAGUUCGAGCCAGUGGCUGCAAAGCUUGUUUCUGAACAAGUAUUUAAGCUCAAGAAAGGCUUGACCACAGACCAAGCCGUUGUUGCCGAAGAGGAGGCUAAGUUAGCCAAGGUCCUAGACGUGUACGAGGCUCGGCUCAAGGAGUUCAAGUACUUGGCUGGUGACACUUUUACUUUGACCGAUCUUCACCACAUUCCUACGAUUAAAUACUUGCUUGGAACUCCCACCAAGAAGCUCUUCACCGAGCGUCCACGUGUCAACGAGUGGGUGGCUGAGAUCACCAAGAGGCCAGCUUCCCAAAAGAUCCUUCAGUGAUAAGUUACUAAAAGGUUCUGCCUCAGUGACAGUAAUAAUGCUCAGAGUUAAUAAGUGACUGCCCCAUUCCCAAUUUCUCAGUACUCUGUUUUUAUUCUCAGUUAUAACUAAGUGUGUGUUCUUGAGCGAUAUUUCUUGAAUCAUAAACUAUCUAAUCUUCAAGCUCUUCUAUAAUAAAAAGAUUAGUUACUUAUUUAA